ACCCACAUUCCCAGUAACCCCCUUCCAACCCAUCCCCCUUCUAUAAAUGAUGCCCCCCUAGCCCUAGCUGUCCUCCAAAUCCAACCAUCGCUAUCAAUUUCAAUCUGGAUGCCCCGCCCCCACCAUGGCCACUUCCAUUUCCACCGAUGACCCGCCACCCCAACCGCCUCCACCACCUUUACCCUUGUCGCGGACCUCUGGAACCCCUUCUCUUCUGCCGUCUCUGGCGGGAGUGGAGUUCGACUACUCUAAAAAGCCAGUCUUGAUCCGUUCGGUCUGGUCUAAGAACCUGGAGUAUGAGUUCUCCCUCAUCCGCGACAUCAUCGAUCAGUACCCUUUUGUUGCGAUGGACACCGAGUUCCCAGGUGUCGUUUUCCGCCCCCACCAUCACUAUUCCGACCCCCUCGAGCAGUACCAAACUCUCAAAUCCAAUGUGGACGCCCUCAAGUUAAUUCAGGUAGGGAUCACGCUCUCUGACUCGUCUGGGAACCUUCCCGACCUUGGAUGCCCCGACCGCCGCUUCAUCUGGGAGUUUAACUUCCGUGAUUUCGACAUCUCUCGUGAUGACCAUGCACCCAACUCAAUUGACCUCCUUCGCCACCAGGGCAUUGACUUCGUGUCUACUCGCAAGUUUGGCGUCUCAAUCUCCCGCUUUGCUGAGCUUAUGAUGUCAUCCGGUCUCGUCUGUAACGAGAAUGUUACUUACAUAACAUUUCACAGCGCGUAUGACUUUGGAUACCUCGUCAAGGCUCUUACUGGGAAAGCCCUUCCCGGGACCCUCCCGGAGUUUCUGAAUUUGGUGAGGGUCAUUUUCGGGGAUCGUGUUUAUGAUGUGAAGCACUUGAUGAAAUUCUGUCGGGGACUGCAUGGGGGGCUGGAUAGGGUGGCGCAGUCCCUCGAUGUGAAGCGAGUUGUUGGGAAGUGCCACCAGGCUGGGUCUGAUAGCCUGCUGACCUGGCAUGCGUUUGAGAAGAUUAAGUCUAUCUACUUCAGCAAUGACGAGAAGGGGGAGGGUUUGCCAGACCAGUAUGCUGGCGUCCUCCAUGGGUUAGAGAUGCCUGGUCCUUAAUUAGCUUCUCUACUCUAUAUGUGCUGAAGCUGUCCGUAAAAAAAAAGUUGAUCUCUAUUGGCUUUAUUUCCUGGUUCAUCUGUACAAUCCUUUCGCUUAAUAUCAAAAGCCAAGUCCCAGUUAAGAUUUA